GGGGUAUUGGUCAGCCAGCGCCGAACGGUAACACUGACAAACACUGAAGCAAAAGUGUGAGCAAAUAUUGAAUUCCAAAUUCGAGCGAGGAAAAUCGGGCCAAAGGACGAAAUGGAAGCUCUGAACGGAAGGAACGUGGCCCUGCUGGUGCUCUGCCUAUGUGCCUCAUACGCCCUGGUGGUCGCCGAGAACGAGAAGGAGAUACCGGCGACGAAAUUAGGCCAGAACAUAGCGCCGACGAUGACUUUUCUUUACUGCUAUUCCUGCGGCUACCGAAAGGCCUUCGAGGACUAUGUGAACUUAAUGGGCGAAAAGUACCCGCAGAUCCAGGUGCACGGCGGCAAUUACGAUCCGCCGGGUCUGAACUAUUACCUCUCGAAGUUGAUUUUCGCCCUUAAGAUCAUCAUCAUUGUGUCCGUGGUUAGUGCGGUCAGUCCGUUCACCUUCUUGGGGCUGAACACGCCCAGCUGGUGGAGUCACCUGCAGGCAAACAAGAUAUACGCCUGCAUGAUGAUCUUCUUCCUGGGCAACAUGCUCGAGGGCCAGCUCAUCUCAUCCGGCGCCUUCGAAAUAACCCUAAACGAUGUGCCUGUGUGGUCGAAGCUGCAGACAGGGCGCUUUCCCUCGCCGGAGGUCCUCUUCCAGAUCAUCGACAAUCAUCUGCAGUUCACCGAAAAGGUGCAGGAGAACCCGGACUUUGUUAAAUAAUAGCAGCGGUCGGAACGGAUGGCGAGGCGGGUACAGUAGCAACACCAAGUAAGCCGGGACACCGGUUCUGAACCUAUCUUAAACAUAAGCUAUUGCCCUGAAACUACCUACUUAGCUGUAUCUCUGUUUUCACCCAUACUUUAGCCUACUGUAAGUCACCUGUAUCUAUGUAUUCCUUUUCAAUGCUUGGUGGUCUGAAUGUGUUCUUUGUUUUGUGCGACAGAAUGACGAUAAGAAACCGAACAGAAACACAGGGUACAUCUCGAGAUUAAAAAAGAAGCCUGCCUCUAUAAAGAUGUACCUUGUUCAAAGCCUUUACGGGAUUGUGUAUCAUUACUUGUUAGUGGGGGAUAUGUGAAACCUUUUUCAAAGUGUAAUAAAAUUAAAUUCGCUCUACAGUUUCAAAACCGA